CUCAUACCAAAGACAAACUUAGUUGGUCUCUAAGGUGCUACUGGAAGGAAUUUUUUUUAUUUUGUUUUGACUAUGGCAGACCAACACGGCUACCUACCUGUAACUAGAACCAUGGAAGGCCGUAAAUUACUUCCUUUGCAAGGAUAAAGAAAAAGUCAGUUGUAAUGUGGCCUUUCUUUGUUUGGUAUAAAAGGUCCUCAGUGAGUGUCCUUGGCAACCACCACCAGCUUUUGUAUUUCAUGCACAAUUCAGCAUGUUCGUUGCAAGUAGAGGUUUAUCAAGUAGGAAUGUAUUCUGAGGUUGCCUCCAAUCCGGAUUGGGAAACUGUAAUUAUAUCAGGAAGAAAGAUGAUCUCAUAUCACACAACUUUUUAUUUCACUGGAAUUCUGAUUAACAGUUUAAAAAGGGACCUGCUUUCUGUGUAUACAAUGAAGAUUCUUCACCAGGCACAUGGCUCUAAGACCAAUGAACUCGUCGUGAGUUUAGAAGACGACGACAAACUCAUUUUGGCAGAGGACAGCACCCUGAAAGCCGCUGGCAUAGCAAAUGAAACGGAGCUCGCAUUUUUCUGCAUGGAUGAUUACAGGAAAUAUAAAGCCAAUCCCGUUGCUACCUGGUGAAGACUUGGGAGAAGAUUCCCCCGCUGCUUGUUUUGUGAGGCUUUGUAAAUGCUUAAAGCUUAAAAAGCUGUAUAUUAUAAGUCUUAUGAAUUUUGUUUGCAGGAACAACAAACACUGCUUUUCAUACAGUUACUAUCUUCAGUUCUUUUCAAACCCUACUCACAAAUCGGAAAGUGGCAACAUUCCAAUCCACCAUACAUUUUUAAAAUGUGAAAUGUUGGCUCUGGACAAGAUGUGAAAUGUAAUUAACUAACACCAGUAUUUUAUUAGGGCUCUGCCUCUGCCUUGGAUGAGAAUCCAAGGCAGCUUGAGUCCGAGGUGAAGCUGGCUGACUUCAAGACUUAGGAAAUAUAUUGGGCUAUUUUUUUUUAGUCAAGGGGAAGACAUCUUGGGCUUUAGAAAACAUGGCAAGAUGACCUCUGCCUUGGAUCUGAGGCAAAAUAUGAUGCUAAUCUGACCUACGAAGCCGUAGCCAAGCCUAUGAGGUGGGAUUUUUCUGUACACAACCCAAAUAUAUAUUUAAGCUAGUUUUCCAUUCUUUCCCCUUUGUAAAAAAAUUCAUUGCUGUGUCUCUUGGAUAAAAUGUAAGUGGGUACUUGCUGCUUAAUGGUUAUGUUAUUGCUACAAAUCUGGAAAAUAUACUUGUUCACCGGGGGG